UCGGGAGAGCUCUACUACACCGAGAAGGAGAGUGAGUACGUCAGUACACCAGAGAACAGCCCGGAGGGACGCUUGACAAGUAAGAAGUGGCCGGUCCCUUAAAAUAUUAAGGCAAAACCUUGAAAAACGAGAGCUUGCUGUUUUUUCCUCAGUCCGUGUGUAUGUAGGUGAAACCGGAGCAUGUCACUAUGACAACGUGUGGACUUUACAUAGUAAGUUAGCCUUCUUCAUCUCAGUAGGUGCUCAGUAGAUAACAUUUUCGCGGUAGUCGUGUAGGACUGUCAGUUGUCAAGCCUAGAAGAAGCCGUAGAAGACAGUCAUGGACCAGAGACUUGCUACAGUGAUCAGCUAGCGUCUUAUGUGCCCAUUCUACAAGAUUAGAGGAGAAACCGAAGACAGCGCACCUGGAGCGGCUCGAGCAGAAUGGAUUUCAGCACCAUUCGGAACCUCAUCACUCGAUACUGUACAGGAGAGGAGAGCUGGGUGGACAGCAGGACCAUUUAUAUUGGACAUAAAGAGCCUCCACCAGGAACAGAAGCGUACAUUCCACAGAGAUUUCCUGACAACAGAAUCGUCUCCUCAAAGUAUACUUUCUGGAAUUUUAUACCGAAGAAUCUCUUUGAGCAGUUCAGAAGAAUCGCCAAUUUCUAUUUUCUGAUCAUCUUUCUAGUGCAGCUGAUCAUUGACACACCUACCAGUCCUAUGACCAGCGGUCUGCCUCUUUUCUUUGUCAUCACUGUCACAGCCAUUAAACAGGGCUAUGAGGACUGGAUCAGGCACAAAGCGGACAACGCUGUAAACCAGUGUCCAGUCCACGUCACCCAGCAUGGCAAAGUCGUACGCAAACAGAGUCAAAAGCUACGGGUGGGUGAUAUUGUCCAGGUGAAGGAGGAUGAGACGUUUCCAUGUGACCUCAUACUGCUCUCCACCAGUAGAGAAGAUGGAACAUGUUUUGUCACAACAGCCAGCUUAGAUGGAGAGUCCAGCCAUAAGACCUAUUAUGCAGUUCAGGACACAAAGGCAUUCAACACAGCAGAGGAGGUGGACACACUGCACGCUACGAUAGAAUGCGAACAACCCCAGCCAGACCUCUACAAAUUUGUGGGACGCAUCAAUAUUUAUUUGGAUCGAGACGAGCCCAUCGCGAGACCCCUGGGUUCUGAGAACCUGCUGCUGCGUGGAGCCACACUGAAAAACACUGAAUACAUACAUGCUGUGGCCAUCUAUACGGGCAUGGAAACCAAGAUGGCCCUCAACUACCAGUCCAAGUCUCAGAAACGCUCCGCUGUUGAAAAGUCUAUGAACGCCUAUCUGAUCGUGUACCUCUGCAUUCUGAUCAGUAAAGCUCUGAUCAAUACUGUCCUGAAGUAUGUCUGGCAGGCCAACCCAAACAGAGAUGAGCCCUGGUACAACCAGAAAACUGAGACUGAGAGGCAACGGCAUGUAUUAAUCCGGGCAUUCACAGAUUUCCUUGCCUUCAUGGUUCUGUUCAACUACAUCAUUCCUGUGUCCAUGUAUGUGACUGUGGAGAUGCAGAAGUUCCUUGGCUCGUACUUCAUCCUGUGGGACGAUGACAUGUUUGAUGAGGAGCUCGGAGAGGGACCGCUCGUCAAUACCUCAGAUCUUAAUGAAGAACUUGGACAGGUGGAAUAUGUCUUCACAGACAAGACUGGCACUUUGACAGAAAACAACAUGGAGUUGAGGGAGUGUUGUGUGGAUGGGCAUGUUUAUGUGCCACAUGCCAUCUGUAACGGGCAGAUCUUACCUGGAGCUGCUGGAAUGGAUAUGAUCGACUCCUCUCCGGGCGUAGAUGAAAAGGAGCGAGAGGAGCUGUUUUUCCGUGCACUGUGCCUCUGUCACACAGUCCAGGUGAAGGAAGAGGAGACAGUGGAUGGCAUUAAGAGAGGAAUCUAUCAGGGCAAAUCCACCUCCUACAUCUCCUCCUCUCCAGAUGAGGUUGCACUGGUGGAGGGCAUGAAAAGGUUGGGCUUCACCUAUCUCCGUCUGAAGGACAGUCACAUGGAGAUCCUUAACAGACAGGAUGAGAUGGAGAGAUUUGAGCUGUUGGAGGUGUUGAACUUUGAUUCAGUGAGGAGGAGAAUGAGUGUUAUUGUAAGAUCGAGCUCAGGAGAGUACUAUUUGUUCUGUAAAGGUGCAGAUUCUUCUGUUUUCCCACGGGUGGUUUCUGGGAAGGUGGAGCAGGUCAGAGCGCGAGUAGAGCACAACGCUGUGGAGGGCUUACGGACUCUUUGUGUGGCUUAUAAGAAGCUGACUCAUGAGGAGUAUGAGGAAACGUGCCGUCUCCUCAACAGCGCUAAACUAGCUCUGCGGGAGCGCGACAAGAAACUGGCUGAAGCUUAUGAUGUCAUUGAAAAGGAUUUCAUCCUGCUGGGAGCCACGGCUGUGGAAGAUAGGCUGCAGGAUAAAGCGGCCGACACCAUUGAGUCCCUGCACAAGGCUGGUAUGAAGGUUUGGGUCCUCACAGGGGACAAAAUGGAGACCGCAGCAGCCACGUGCUAUGCUAGCAAGUUGUUCCAUCGCAAUACACAGAUCCUGGAACUGACAACCAAGCGGACAGAGGAGCAGAGUCUCCAUGACGUCUUGUUUGAUCUGAGCAGAACUGUCCUGAGACAGCAUGGCAGCAUGACCAGGGACAUUUUUUCAGGGCUCUCAGAUGAUUACCAAGACUAUGGUCUGAUAAUCGAUGGGGCAACACUGUCAGCUGUACUGAAACCAACACAGGAAGGAACCAGCAACGGAGGGAACUACAAGGAGAUUUUCCUGGAAAUCUGCAGGAACUGCAGCGCUGUUCUCUGCUGUCGCAUGGCACCCUUACAAAAAGCACAGAUUGUUAAGCUGAUAAAAGCAUCAAAAGAACACCCCAUCACGCUGGCCAUCGGGGACGGAGCCAAUGAUGUCAGCAUGAUUCUGGAAGCUCACGUGGGCAUAGGGAUCAUGGGUAAAGAGGGGCGUCAGGCGGCCCGUAACAGCGACUAUGCAAUUACCAAGUUCAAACACCUGAAGAAGAUGCUGCUGGUUCACGGGCACUACUACUACAUCAGAAUUGCUGAGCUGGUCCAGUACUUCUUCUAUAAGAAUGUGUGCUUCAUCUUCCCUCAGUUUCUCUAUCAGUUCUUCUGUGGCUUCUCUCAGCAGCCACUGUAUGACACAGCAUAUCUGACCCUGUACAAUAUCAGCUUCACCUCAUUACCCAUCCUCCUCUACAGUCUGAUGGAGCAGCACAUCAACAUGGACAUCCUCAAACGGGACCCUUCUCUCUACAGAGAUAUUGCCAAGAAUUCCUUCCUGAGAUGGCCUACUUUCAUCUACUGGACAUUUCUGGGGGUUUUUGAUGCCGUGGUCUUCUUCUUUGGUGCUUUCUUCCUUUUCGACAACACAACCUUCACCAGCAAUGGACAGCUAAUGGCCACCAACACACAGAUGAUGUUUGGAAACUGGACCUUUGGAACACUUGUAUUCACUGUCCUGGUGUUCACGGUCACGCUAAAGCUUGCCCUGGACACACAUUACUGGACGUGGAUCAACCACUUUGUCAUAUGGGGGUCACUGCUAUUCUAUGUCAUCUUCUCCCUCCUGUGGGGAGGCAUCGUUUGGCCUUUCCUGAACUAUCAGAGGAUGUACUAUGUGUUCAUGCAGAUGUUGUCCAGCGGUCCUGCAUGGCUCAGUAUAAUUUUGCUGAUUAUAGUCAGUUUGCUGCCUGAUGUGGUGAAGAAAGUGUUGUGUAGAGCUCUAUGGCCCACCACCACUGAGAGAAUACAGAAUGCCGAUAAGUUGUAUAAGGGCCACCUGUCCGAGUUCACCCCCCUGUCCUCCCUCCAUGCUCCACCUGCACGGAAACACGACAGACAUGGCAACGAAAGCCAGAACCACACCCUCCACAGGUCUGACUCCUCCCCUCCCAAAAAACUGAUGUGUACAUACUGGGGGGGCAGGCCUGACUACUGCACCUUCAGCUCCUUCCUCCGAAUAAGAGAAAACCCAAGAUUCUCUGGGGCAGCUUACACCUACAGCGCACCGGGGCCCGAGACGUCCGUAUGACAGUCUCUCUAAAAGAAAUAGUCUACUUAUCUAAUCAAAUUCAGCCUCAAUUAUUCAAGAGUCAAGAUUGGGACACUAUUUGGAGACCAAUCUUGGCUUGUUACCCUUUUAUCUAAAACAAAAGCACUGAAAUGCGUUCUUGUGGUAUACGCUAAUGGGCUAGUGUUGCUGUGUGUUAAUUUAGAAGCUGGAGGAAGGCCAAACAGAAUUGGCCGUACCAUCUGCGAGUGUGGCAUACUGCGCUAAGCGGCCUUGGGACCUAUUUACCUUGUUUUCUUUGUGUGAGCGUGUUCCCUUUACACUGUGGGUUUACAUGUUCGUUCACCUACCCUUGUAAUUCUUCAUGUGAAAAAUUACUUGAAAACUACACUAUGCAGUAGUUGCACAAACCUUUCCAUCUCAAACGCAACCCCUACAGCUAAAUGUUAAUGUGGAUGACAGUUCAAAUGGCCUUGGAUGCUCUAAAAACUGACCGUCCUGUUUUUUUCUUCUUCUUUUCUUUGUUCUCUGUCGUCUCCCCUUCCCUUUUUUAUUUGUCCUGUGCUCCUUCUCUUUUCUUCUACUUUUUUUAUAGAACAAACUGGUGUUGCCUUUGUGCAAACCUGUUAUCGAGGAACACUCCAUAGCCUGCGAUUGUCUUUGUCCGAUUGCAUUGUAAGUGGCUAAAUUUGGCCAUUUCUGUUGCUGCACUGUACUAGAACGAACUAGGUGUGUAUGUGCACGAUUGUGUGCGUGUGUGUGUGUGUAUGUGUGUGUGUGUGUGUGUGUGUGUGAGAACGUAGGCCUUUGUUAGAACAACUACGAGAAGACAAAUUGUAACUGGACUGUCAUUAUGUUUCACCCUUUAACUUUCAAAAAGGUGGAAAUCAACUCAUGUUCUACUGUUCCAAAGUUUGCAAAACCAUUGACUUGUGUCAUCAUGACAACCAGUUACUCUUUCCAAGCUGCUUGGCAAUUUGCUUUAAAACUCUGUAGUUCCCUAUGUAUAAUCAGUCCUUUAGUUUCUUUAGAAUAGAUCCAGAUACAGGAUGCUAAAGGCUACACUAGCCACCUUAGCUUAACUGUUCUGCCUUAAUGCUAACGUUUCCCAUCUUUUACACCACAGUUUGGAACCAAAGGUCUAGAAAUACGGAGUAUAUAAAUGUGCAUUAGUUGCCUUAUGCUCAAAAGGAAAUGGAGGGAAAGUGUUUGACGGCAUUAGAAGAAUCCUACCACACUGCCUUAAGUUGACAUUGCACCAGCUGAGGAUGGAGACCGAUAAAAGUAGUAUUCGACAUCUUCCAAUGCCACUAACAUGGCCCAGGGCUCCUAAAGACAAAUUUCAUAGUUCUGUUGGUGUAAACAUCUUUUUGCGUUCACAAAAAGUAGAAAUUAACUUCUUCGUCAGCAUAUUUUCAUGAUUGUAGCGUCCUAUUUGACUGUUCCCAAAGCAUUUUGUCUGUAUGAAUGUAACUUUUGGAGCCCUGUGCUGGGUUGCUAUCAUUUCUUUGUUGCACAUUACUAAUUUAUGAUCUGAUAUAAAUAAGUCGGAUAUAAUUAGACUGUGAUACUGUUCACAAACAACUCAUUAAACCAACAGCCCAAUCAAGGUCAGCAUCACAGAUGGCCUGUCUUGGGCACUAUGUUCACAGAAAUGGCUCCUUUCUAGUGUGCAGAACACAGAAGAUGAGCUUUUUUAAAUGAUUCCCGGGAAAUGUGCCUCACACCUGAUGACUUAUCUGUUUAAAAUGACUUUUUCAUCACGUAUUGUGAAGUGUGUUCAAUCCCAUCUCCGUCCUGUCAAUGAAUUCAAAAUCACAUUGAUUUGAAUUGAGUGUGAAUACAAUUCAGUUUAAUUUCCAAAUAACACUGUAACAAAUUGAACACCUGAUGACUUACCUGUUUAAUAUAUCAUUCUCAUAAUAAUAUUGUGAAGUACAUUCAAUUCCAUCUCCGUCCCAUGAAUUAAUUCAAAUUCACAUUGAUUUGAAUUGAGUGUGAAUGCAUUUAAGUUUAAAUUCCAGGUAACACUGUCACACAAAUGGAUAUGGAUCUAAACCAAACUAAAAAUCAGACCAUUUGAUCAUCAAAACCACAUCUGUUUGUCUGCAUGACUCUUUCCCUGCUGUCCUUCACAUUCCAUGCCUGUUUGUUUUUUUCUGCUCACAUUGAUUUUGGAAUGUAGUGUUGCUUUCCUGGAGCUUUAUCUUUUCAUCUCGACUUCUCUCCUCGCAUGUGUUUCCUUCGCUCACCUGUCAUUCAGUUCUCAUGAUGAGGCCAAUCACCCAUUUCACCAUUUUAACCAUCCAUCAUCCAUGACAGAGAGAGAACGUAGGUGAUGUCAAAGACUAUCAAGACCACUGUUUUGAUGGUUACUCCAAGCUUCUUGUGGGUAGAUGCCUUCUGGUGCUUUUUAACCUCAAUGUAUGUUCAUGCGUUCAAUUCAGUCAAGUGUUGAAUUCUGGGAAACUCCAGUGUGCACAUACAUGUGUUUUCAUUGCCCCGUCAGUCAGCCUGCAACAGAGAAUGUCAGAUUAAAGAAUGGCAUUAUGGGUAUAGCUAGUUUGUUAAAGGAUGGAAGAGUCAUUUUUGAACAAUUUUUUGGGUUAAUGUUGAUUAACUGUCACAGAAUAGUAAAAACAGAAUGUCCUUUUUCAUGCACACAUUAUAUCUAAAUAUAGACUAUAUUGAUGAGUAUAUUGAUGUCAAGGUUUACAAAGGCUGAGUGAAUGAAUGAAUGACUGAAUGAAUGAAUGACAAAAUAAUCGAACAUGUCGAACUGAGUAACUAUGUUUCUGGUCCAAAAGUGUAUUAUUUAAUUUGUAUGAAUGUAAAAUCUAAAGUCAAACACUGUCUAUUUUAUUAAUUAUUGAGGUCUGAACUUUGCAUGCCGUGUGAUGCCGUAGUAAUGGACCAACCACUGAGCUUUAUCAAGUCAUAUUCUCAUUCAUAUAAACCACUUUUAUAACUUUCGUUCAAAUUUUCAGUCCAGUCCAGAUGAUUCACAUCUACGAUACCAAGUACUAAUCAUUGCUGGCAAAUCUGAAAAAAAAA